GAAUGCUAUGCAGAGUACAGGAUUUGACAAAGCAAUCAAUAAUGAAGAAGAAAUUGAAUAUCCUCAACAUGUUUAUGACUUAAUUGCAAAAAGCAAACCUCAUUAUGAAUACUUGUUUCAACAAAGAAUUAAGAUUUAG